UUAAAACCAGGAAAAGAUAACAUUUAUGCCAUAUUACAAUAUCUAGUCUCAUAUCACGAUAUCGAUAUAAUAUCGAUGUACUGCCCAGCCCAAGUUUGAAGUGAUGCUGACAGAGCACCGCAGCGCCUCAACCUCACUGUUUCCUCUGUCCUUGGCUGUGGAUGAGAAUCUCUCCAUUUUGAUGUGUGCGAGUGUGUGUGUGUGUGUGUGUAUGUGUGUAUGUAUGUGUGGGAGAGAGAGGGAAUCCUUUUUCCAAAAUAAUCAAAUAAAAAUACACAGGUAAUAGUCCAAAAAUGGAUGAGAUGAAAGGCAGAGGUGGGCUGCAUGGUUGGUACCAGUGUCCCUCAUACAGUACCUCCACGCCCCCUUUCCCCCUUUGUGAUGAUGAUGAUGAUGAUGAUGAUGGUGAUAUCACCACCCUUACCAUCCUCCCAUUGCAUUUUCAGAUCAAUGAGACACACGGAUAGGGAGAGAAAGAGAGAGAGAGAGAGAGAAAGGUCUGUGUAUUUUCAGCCACACGCUGACAGCUGUGCAGCUACCCCACGUAGCCUACGUGCUCACAUCCAGAGAGACAGAGAGAGGCUGACGUCCCUCUUCUCGCAUCUAUCUGCCCCCGGAUUUCCCUUCAACUUUUUUUUUUUUUUUUUUCCAUUUUUCUCUUCGGUUUUUAUACUCUUUUCACUUGUCGCAUUCCUCCAUCCUUCGAGUGUUUGGAAUGAACUGUUUUCCUGCCUGCGUCGUUUCCAUGUCAGCAUGGGAACUGCCGUGUCCAAAAGGAAGAAUUUAAGAAACGAUGCGAUAUCUUCUGUGGCAGCAAAAGUUAGAGCAGCACGAGCAUUUGGAGAGUACCUGUCCCACACACACCCUGAAAACCGAAACGGAUCAGCUCAUCUUCUGUGUGAAACCUUGGUGGGUCCUGACCCGGAGUCACCAAGUGACACGGUUGGCCCCAACAACAACAACAACCAACUUCAUCCGUGCUCCAAUACCACUAAGGGCUCUGAGGACAACCCAGAGCCUGGCCUGGUGAAAUCCCAGCUGGGCUUACUCCAACCACCUCCCCCCACCAUUUCUACCAAGCCAGCGCGGCUGUCACUUGAGCGCAGCUUCUCAGCGGAAGAAGACAAGCAGAAGUGUGUCGAGUGCACCCUGCAGCCCGCCCGCGUGUACACCAUCACCACCCAGCACGGUAUGCUGAUGAGUGGCGGCCGGGGCAGCAAAGAGAGCCUAGAACUGGACGUCCUGAAGGAGAAGUCGGGGAGUGGAGGGGUGGGAUCCAGGGGUGGCGGUGUGGGUGUUGGCGCCGGCGACCAACACCUCCACACCUCCUUGAUCCAACCCUCCACUUCCCCUUCCUCCACUUCAUCGUCUCCAACCCAGUACCACCACACCAGCAGCGGCGGCCGUGGCACCAGCCACCACCACGGUAACCAUCACCACAGUAACCACCACCACCACUCUGUCAUGGGCACCAAUGCACCCUCAAGCAGUGGAGGAAGCAGCAGGGCAAGUGGAAGCAGCAGUAGCAACCAGCAGCAGCAGGCUCUAGCCAUCGGCGGGCUGCACUCGCACCAUACAUCACACCACUCUCACCACCACCACAUGUCUCAACCCCCACUGCAGACCUCCGUCAGUGCCCACAACAUCCGCGGCUGGGGCGAGGGUGGAAAAGGGGAGGCAGAGUGCAGCGGGCUGGCCUGUGACGCGUGCAGCGGCGCCCCCUCACGGAGCCAGGGCUCCCUGGACCUGGAGAGCACGUCUCGAGAGGCAGGCAAGCAGCACCGACGCCUAGAGCAGAUGUGGAGUGUGGACCGGGUGACUGGGCUGGAGAGAGAUGACACUAACUGGUUCCCCAAGGAAAAUAUGUUCUCCUUUCAAACUGCCACAACAACCAUACAGGCGAUAUCGGCUUUCCGGGGAUUUGUUCGGAGAAAGAGGAGAGAGAGAGAGCAGGAUUCAGCAGAAGUCAUCCAGAGGAACUUCCGGAAGCAUCUUCGGAUGGUGGGCAGCAGAAGGAUUAAAGCACAGACAUUCGCUGAACGUAGAUCGAAGAGUUUCAGCCGUUCCUGGAGUGAUCCCACCCCUGUCAAGCCUGACUCUCCUCAUGAACCCAGAGACAGUGGAGACCUGCAAACCUCCUGUGGCACUCUUGAUGAAGGCGGCCUUGAUGACCCUAGACUAGACUGGGAGGAGGAGAGGGAAAUGGAGAGGCUGGCCUGUGAGGGAGACGACUUUGUACCUCCCAAAAUCAUGCUGAUCUCUUCUAAGGUCCCCAAGGCGGAGUACGUUCCCACCAUAAUCCGCAGGGAUGACCCCUCCAUCAUCCCCAUACUCUAUGACCAUGAACACGCAACUUUUGAUGAUAUUUUGGAGGAAAUAGAGAAGAAGCUCACAGCUUACAGGAGAGGGUGCAAGUUCUGGAGGAUGCUCAUCUUUUGUCAGGGAGGUCCAGGUCAUCUGUACUUACUGAAGAAUAAAGUGGCGACCUUUGCUAAGGUGGAAAAGGAGGAGGACAUGAGCCAGUUCUGGAGGAGGCUCAGUCGCUUCAUGAGUAAAGUCAACCCAGAACCCAACCUCAUCCACAUAAUGGGAUGCUACGUCCUGGGCAACCCCAAUGGAGAGAAGCUGUUUCAGAAACUGAAGAAUCUGAUGAGGCCUUAUUCUGUCGAGUUCGAGUCACCGCUGGAGCUGUCUGCGCAGGGCAAAGAGAUGAUUGAGAUGUACUUUGACUUCCGCCUCUACCGGCUUUGGAAGACACGCCAGCACUCCAAACUCUUGGACUAUGAGGAUUUUUUGUGACAAAGAAACCCGGAUAAUAAUAAUGGGUGCAGCAGAGCCCUCCGGCGCCACGAGGAACCUGUUAAAACUGACCCAAUGACUAGACAUUGCUCAACUGUAGUGCUAGACCCGUCAACUCAACAUAAAACAGUCAUACCUGCUUUCAUCCUGGAGAGGACUGGGAGAGGAGGAAAAGGGAUGGCAGGACAAGGAGGCUGAAGACCAACCACCAUUAUGCUGUGCCUCUACUCUUCCUCGUUCCCAGAGUAAGGGUCAAAGACUAACAAAAAAAGGGCCGAAAAAUACAAACAAAAGAAAAACUGAGGAAAAAGCAGCUGGACUACAUCAUUGUUGCCGACUCGCUCUGCCUCUUGAGUUUGAAAGCAAAAGGAGAAUCAAAACUUCAACUGUGUAAAAAAAACAAAACACCAUUUUAGUCACACGUCUGCUACAAGGACUUUUUUUGAGGCCGAUGUGCUUCAGAGAAAUCACUGAAACUCAUUCUCUUAUAAUGUUGUUCUAUGUUUUGACCGGACCUCUCACAUAAUCUCAGACCCCGGAGACUUACAUAUAAUCCAUGUGUCGAUGUGUGUAUAUAUCACAUAAAUAUCUAGCAUAGCUUUAGUCAUGCAAAUAAUACUCUAUAUGAGAAUAAUGAUGCAUCAUUUAUUUUUGAUGUGCAUUGUUGUGCAGUUUCAUAUGGACAUACUUUGGAAUAACUCAGGUUUUAGCCAUGAAGUAAUUAAUCUGUCCGUCUAUUCUAUCAAGAUAUUGUAAUCUUCAUUGCCAUCGCUUGGAAUGAUUGUAUUAUCUCUACGAAAUGUAUCUUUGAGGAACUGAGCUUCAUGUUUUGGUAAAAAAGAAAAAAAAAAAAAGAAAAAAG